GAUAACUAAAUAUAUCAGCUUACCUAUCUGCCUACCCAUUUAUUAAAAAAAAAUGUUGUACUACUUAAAUGGAUUUAAAAUGUGAUCUAUUCUAAUGUCGUUUAUCAUUGUGAACUAAUUCUAAUGAAUUAUUUAGGUCGUUUAAUUUCAAGUGCUCAUCAAUAUUAUAAAAAUAUCAAUGUAGCUAAUUUAACUGGUGCUAUAGAUGUGAUUGUAGUAAAAAAUAAAUAUGAUGAAUAUCAAAGUACACCAUUUUAUGUAAGAUUUGGUAAAAUGGGAGUAUUAUAUCCACAAUCACAUGUGGUUGAUGUAUGUAUUAAUGGACAGCCAAGACCAGAUAUAUGCAUGCAUGUUGAACCGACAGGUUAUGCUUAUUUCGAUAAUGAGGAAUGUAAACUUAAAACGGAAGAUAAAGGAGUGUUACUAAGAAGCAAUGAAGAAUUACAAACUUGGACACAAAAUGAGAAUGAUCAUAUUGAUUGUGUUACAAAUGAAUCAAAUACUGAACAAUUGGAAAAUGUUUUUGAAAUAGAUAUUCAAGUUAUUCCAAAUGGUGACAAUUCAAAACCCAUAAAUAACUCGUCUGAAUCCCAGUCAAAAUCCACAGACGUUAUUCCAACUAUUGACAAAGGAAGUUCAAAUAAUAUUGAAGAACUGGAUAAAGGAAAUACGGAAAAGGUCACCUUAAAAGAUUUAAUUCAAUAUCUUCAAGAUACAAAUCAUUGGCCAAAUGAAUUUUAUAUUUAUCAUCUUUUAAAUAAAUCUAAUCUUAUUAAUAAUCAAUUAAAUAAAGAUAAAUUAGAUAAUAAAAUUACACAAUCAAACUUGUAUCCAAGUAAUCCAUUAAAUAAUUUACAAACAAAUCAAUUAAAACGUUCUAAAUUUUUCCGUAAAAAAUCAUCUAUCAAUUGUGAAUUAUUAUAUCCGGAAGAUUUUCUUAAAUUAGAUACUGAUAAAAUAUCAUUUAAUUCUAUAUGGAUUGUAUGGUCUGAUAAAUGUAUGUCAAGUGAAACAGCUGCUUUAAUAUUAUUGAAACAUUUAUCACAGGAUGAAAAAAAAAUUCAGUUAGAAAAAGAUGCUUUACAUCCAGCAUAUAAUAUUAUACUUCAACAACAUAAACGUGAUCGUGGCUCAGAAUUUCCAUUGAUGAAUUCAUCAUUUAAUGAAACACCUGGUGAUUAUGAGACAGAAAUACAAACUAAUCAAUCGAAUACAAUCAACACUAGUAGUACUAGUGGUUGGUUAUGGUGGAGAAGACGAAAACAAACUAAUCCAAGUGAUAUUAGUUCAGAUUCUGGUUCACAAGAUUUAACUUAUCAAGAUUUAUCACAUCAACAUUCUUCUGUACAAUCAAUGCUAGCUCCAAUUGAUCUUGGUAUAUCAAGCCCAGUUUUAAUGCAAGAAGAAUUUGAUCAAGAGAAUUAUGAACGUCCUUACAAUCUGCCUAAAAGUGAAUUGUUGAAUGCACCAACUACCGCUAAAAUUCCUUUACAUUCUUCAGCAAUCGAUGUAAGAUGUAGUAAAACACCAGAUCCUUCACAGACAUCAUCUCCUGAAGAGGCAGGAUAUUUCUCGGAUGAUAAUCAAAGUAAUAAUGCUUAUCAUCAAAAAACAACUGCUAAUAUUAAGUCGAGGAUUCCAAUUCAACAAGCAAAUCGUUUAACAUCUCAACAGCUUAAAAGCCUUAAUUUACACAAAGGUGCAAAUGAAGCGGUUUUUUCUGUUGUCAGUAAAUAUCAAGGUACUUGUCAAUGUGCUUGUUUUAUAUACCUAUGGGAUUGGUCUGAUAAAAUUGUAAUAUCAGAUAUUGAUGGAACAAUAACAAAAUCAGAUUGGUUAGGACAAUUGAUGCCAUUGGUUGGAAUGGAUUGGACUCAUCAUAAUAUAGCUCAAUUAUACAAUAAAAUAGCUAAUAAUGGAUAUAAAUUUAUUUAUUUAUCUUCUCGUCCUAUUGGUCAAGCUAGAGCAACAAGGAAAUUUCUUUAUACCAUUCAACAAGAUAAUUAUCGUCUACCAGAUGGUCCAAUACUUUUAUCACCAUUUUCUGUUCUGGAAGCAUUCCGCAAAGAAGUAAUUGCAAAACGAGCAGAUGAAUAUAAAAUUGAAUGUCUUCGUGAAGUAUGCAAUUUAUUUAUUGAUAACAAUGUUAAUUAUCAAAAUGAAAAUGAAGUAGAUAGUAUUCCAUUUAUAGCUGGAUUUGGUAAUCGACCAACAGAUAUAGCAACUUAUAAAGCAAUUGGUUUACAUGAUCAUCAAAUAUAUACAGUUGAUUAUUUAGGUAAUGUAAUAUGUGGUGAUCCAGGUGAAAAUGAAAAAGAUAAAAAAUUAAAGAAAACGAAUAAAAUUUCUUAUAUUAAUUCUAAUCAAUCAUUAAACAAUGAGAAUAAAUCUACUUCUAGUAUUACAACUAAUUCAGAAACAAUGAUCACAUUAUCAACAAUAACUUCUGAUAGUUUAAUUAAUACUACUACUACUACUACUACUACUACUACUACUAAUAAUAAUAAUAAUAAUAAUAAUAAUAAUACAGAACUAACUACAACAACAGUAUAUGCUAAUAGUAUAUUAGCUAAACUUAAUUUAGAUUCAUUAUUACAAAUGGUUGAUGUAUACUUUCCACAAAUGAAUGAUCGACUUAUGUAUGCUACAAAUUAUUCAGAUUAUACAUAUUGGAGAAUGUAAAAACGAAUUAAUCAAACAAUUUUGAAUUGUUUAUAUUGUUAUUAUUAUUAUUAUUAUUCUAUAAUGAUUGCAAAAUUGAAACGUUUUUCAUUUUGAUCCAAAUUUAAGAGCAUUUAUCAUGUAGAUAUUUCUAUCGACAACAACAAUAAUGAUUAUGAUUAUUAUUAUUAUGUCAUUAAUCAUUGGCACUUCCCCCCUUCUUUCUCUCUCCCUCCCUCCCUACAUCCCUGAUGUAUCCAUUUUAUAAGACAUUGUGAACGGAUUUCAGUUACUACUCAUUUCAAUCAAUAUUAGUUGAUGUAUGUGCAAUUUCUUUAAAGACUAGGUUUUCUUUUUUUUUUUUAAUAAAGAGAAAACAGGACAUUUUUAUACAAAAAAUCUUUUUAUUCAAGGAGAGUAUUGUUACUCUUAGUAGUAGUAGUAGUAAUGUUAUUUUGAGUUUUGAAAUUCUAAUAUGAUUAUUGUGUGUUAUGAAUAAAUGUUUGAUAUAUUC